GGUGCAGCCGAUAGUUCUAGCCAUCUUCUAUCGCCUUUUGUCGGUGUCGUCGGUGUAUUUAUUGCAAAAAGAAACGAAGCUAUCACUUUAGAUGCCGCAGUAGCCUCACUCCAGGCUGUGCCAGUACUCUGACCACACAUUAAGCAGCCGGAAGAGAGAUACAAGCGAUGACCAGGACGUGAGAGCAGCUGAUUUGCGAACCGGCCCUCCAUAUUCCACUCACUUGUUGUUGUUGCUCGGAUCUGCACGUCGAGACCCGACGGAAUAUACAUAUGUUUUCUGGCCAAAAGCAGCGCAUCAAAUCACUGUGACGACUGCACAAAUAGCAGCUCCAUUAGCUUACGCAAGCAAUUCGCCGGUGGAGGUGGUUUCGAUGAUCGGUCACUGAGACCGCUGUCCAGAAGAUUGGUCGUCCAGACAGACAGAAGAGUCACCCAGCGAACAUGCUGCUCGUCCUGCUUUCCGUUUUCCUGAUGGCCACGGCCUCAACGGCCGGGGACUCGCUUCAACGUAGCCGGCGAGCCGCCAUCGACGUGGAUAACGCGAAAGACAUGCACAGCAUUAUUGACUUUGCCGAGUGCCAGAAUCUCAAGAAACUCUGCACGCACCAAAAGUCCACCGACAACCUGUCUAUGCUGGAGUGCGCCCUGACCUUUAGCUCCAGCCAGUUGGAGGAACUCCCGGAGAGCUGCCAGAACGCUCUGUGGCUGCAGCAGCGCCAGUUGCAGUUGCCCGCCUGGUUGGAGAGCACAUUCCUGCCAGCCUAUUGUCCCGCCGAGCGUUCCAAGCUUGAGAGCUGUCUGAACGCAGUGCACCUGUGGAGCUGCCUGGAGCAGCAGCGAUUAAAGCUACCCCAGAACAACGCCUGCCAUAAGCACCUUCGAAGGGCCUACGAGUCUUUGGGGCAGGACUACAGCGCCGUGGAUGAAUUUUACACCGCCUGCGGACCGCUCGUGGAGGAGAACAAGUGCGGCCGGUUGAAUAUUGACCACCUGCCAUCCGUGCUGUCGCAGCUGGGCACGGUACAAUGCCUGCAGGAGAGUGCCACCAAGACCGGCAUAGAGCCAGUUUGCCAAGCAGCCAUCAAUUCCAUUGAGCUACAGCGCGGUAUGCUGGAGCUCUUUCGUGUCUGCCAAGAGGAUUUCUCAGCCCUGUGUUCGCAGGAAAAGUCCGGCACUGCUGCCGGUUUCAAGUGCCUAGUGCGGCACAAGAACCACCCCUCGAUGUCGCCCCAGUGUUCCGCGCAAAUAACAUUGAGGGACCAGCAAAUGGGCCGCGACUACCGCGUAUCCCACGGUCUGGCAAAGGCUUGUAAGGACGACAUCAAAUUGUACCACUGCCGACGCGGCGUCUCUGAAGAUAAGCACGUGCGGUUGGCUCAGAUCCUGCUCUGCCUGGAGUCGGUGUCCAAGAACGGGACCAAGCUGGCGCCCGCUUGUCUUACUGAGCUAACAGAUCACCGGCGCAUGCUGAUGACCGAUUACCAGCUGUCCCCGGAGCUGCUCAACGACUGUGCUGAUGACAUACCCAAGUUCUGUCCGGACGAGCACAAGGCGCAGUUGGUGAAUGGCAUGACAAGUACAGGUGGCGAGAUCAUUCAUUGCCUGCUGGAGCACGUCAAGGCUAGACGUCAGCAAAGACGGGUGACGGCACAAUGCCAGCGUGGAUUGGAGACUCUGAUUAAGGCCAGCGAUGCUGGCGAGGACUGGCGAGUCGAUCCGGUGCUUAGACGCGCGUGCAAACCAGUGGUGGAUGUGGCCUGCAAGAAUGUGCAGGGGGGAGACGCACGAGUCAUGGGCUGUCUGAUGGAACACAUUGGCACCCCAGUUAUGCUGCCCGAUUGCGAGCAGGCACUUCUUAUUAUUGAGUAUUUCGUGGCUAGAGAUUUCAAGUUGGAUCCCCAGUUGUACAAACACUGCCGUGAUGACGCAGUAAAGUACUGCCGUGCUAAGAGACAAUGGGAUGAUGCGCAGAAUAUACAAAUGGAUCCAGAAAGGGGACCCAUGAUCCUGCCCUGCCUACACCGUAUGGCCUUCAGCGAGGACAAGCACCAGACUUUGGCGAAGGACUGUUUUAAAGAAGUCAAACGAGUGAUGAGACAACGCGCAAUAUCUAUGGACUUGAUUCCCGAGGUAGAGGAUUACUGCCUGAACGAUCUUUCUGCGUUUUGCGCGGACUGCACUGAGAAGGGAAGUGAAAUGGAGUGCCUGCAAAAGAACAUGGACCAACUGCAGCCGGAUUGCAAGACAGUGGUGGUUAAGUAUACGGAGGAGGAGGCAGCUCACGUCGAGCUCAACCCCGUCAUUAUGAACGUCUGCGGCGAGGCCAUGCAGCAGCACUGCUCGGCGAUCCUUAAUAGCGGAAAGGACAAUGGUGACAUGAUGGACUGCCUUAUAGCGCACAAAAACGACGCAGAUCUGCGCAAGGAUCUACGCUGUCGGGCUGCCAUUGAGCACUUCCAGAUCAUCUCGCUUAAGAGCUUCCACUUCACUACAAAGUUCAAGGACGCGUGCCGUCCAUUUGUCCAGCGCUUCUGCUCUUCGAGUGCCACCAAAAACGAAGUGGUGGCUUGCCUCAGUGAGGUUAUGCGCAACGACACAAUCAAGGCGCAGCGUCACCAGAUCCCCAAGGAGUGCCGCCAUCAGGUCAAGGCCCAACUCUACCAGCAGCGCGAGAGCAUUCAAUUGGAUCCCAAGCUGGGUAACGCCUGUAAGCGUGAACUUGAGCAAUUUUGCGAGGAGGAAAAGGAGCCCGGUCAGGUGAAUGAAAAAGCUCUGGAGUGCCUUAUAAGGAAGACCCAUAGUUUAGGGAAGCCGUGUCAUCAUGCGAUCUUCAUGGUAAAGAAAUCAGAGUUGGGCGACAGCGGCACUGACUAUACGCUGCUCACCACGUGCAAAGAAAUGAUCUACAAGUUCUGCCCUAGCACGGAUUCGUCAAAACUAUUGGACUGCCUCAAGACGUACAAGGAUGACACGCAGUUCGACCAGCGGUGUCACCUGGUGGUGGUUAAUCGCAUGAUCGAGCAGAAUACGGAUUUCCGAUUCAAUCCCUCACUGCAAAGCGCCUGCGGAAAGAACAUUGAUAGGUUUUGCUCCAACAUUGUGGCCAGCGCCUUGCCUAAUGAGGAACUAAACGGAAAGGUGAUUCGAUGUCUGAAAGACAAGUUCCGUCAAUCUGCGCUGGACGAACCAUGUGCGCAGGAGAUGACCAAGAUCCUGCAGGAGCAGGCUCUGAACUACAAGUUGAAUCCUCUGCUGCAGGUAUUCUGCAAGUUGGAGAUCCAGGAACUGUGCAAGGCAAAUGUGGAUUCCGACGAGCACGGCCAGCUGGCGGAGUGCUUGAAGACGGCAUUCCUGCAGAAGCAGAUUAUAAACCGGGAGUGCCAGAUGGAGGUGGCCACUCUGAUCGCCGAAGCCAAGGCAGACAUUCACGUUGAUCCUAUCCUCGAAACGGCGUGUACGGUCGAUCUGCUGAGAUACUGUUCCAAAGUUGCAGCUGGCAAUGGACGCAAACUUAGUUGCCUCAAAACGCUAGUGAAGGAUACGCCAAACUCGUUGGAAGCGGACUGCCGAGAAAAGCUGCAGCGACGCAUCGAGAUGUUCAGGAACGCAGACGACACGUUGGCGCUGCCACCCGAGGAUGUGCAGCAGCUGGUGCAACAGGUCGUCGCCUCGCCGGCGCGGAAAUUCUUCCUUGUGAUACUAAUGAGCGCCACUGGCCUGGUAUUCCUCACUGGCAUCUUCCUGGGACGGGCCACCAAACGUGCAAUGGGCCUGAAGAAUAAAUAAUUCAAAUAUUAGACUGUAGUGCCGCUGUGUAGGCGGAGUGUGUAUGUUUGAGAGCUUGCUGUUUUCCAUUUCGGUCGACCCAUGACCCUAUUCCGAUCCCUAUAAGUAUACUUUGACUCCACCCUGCCUGCCUUUUGAUAUUUGUGUAAGCAAUUUGUGGCUUAGUCGUUUGUAAGACCAAAAAAUACACGAAAAGGAGAACACAAUAAAAUAUUCUAGUUCCAUUUUUAGGGUUCUUUGUGUUAUAGCUUUUUUGUAACAAUUUCACUUGUAUAUUAAAUCGUAUUUUUGUAAACAAAAAA